UUUCACUCCCCAUGUGCAUGUUUCCCCUGCUCGCGUCCAGAGGUUGCCCCGUUAAUCCUGUAUGUAAAUCGCAGCCAAUGGAUGCUGCUGUUGCGCUGGGCUGGGAUUAGCAGGAGACGAAUGAGUUUCAAUUUUACUGGAUUACAGAACAAAGAAAAAAGGGGAAAGGGACACCCUGCUCUGUUAAAGGGCAUAAACAAGAAACAAAACUCAGAGAAUAAGACCGGGGAAACACCCGGCUUGCAGGAGUCGAAGCCGUCGCCUGGGCAGUGAUGCGGAUUACGGCGUUUUAGCGGACAUUGUCGGAUGGGAAUUGCGGCUGUUUCUGAUGGAUUAAAAGGGGGGUGAUAAACCGGGAUUGACAGCGGCAACAAGGCUAUAUAAUCGCUAAUUAAGAGGAAUGGCUCAGAUGAGGAAGCUGGCGUGCGACGGCGUCAGGACGAGCUCCCGCGGCGAGCCCCAGGUCCCGCUGGUGUCCGCCAGACAGGAGAUCCUCACCAGCCUGGUGUCGGCCCUCGAUUCAGUGUGCCUGGCGAUGUCCAAGCUCAACGCAGAGGUGGCGUGCGUCACCGUGCACGAAGACAGCGUGAUCGCAGUCGGGACCGAGAAGGGCAGGGUGUUCCUCAACUCCAGGAGGGAAAUCCAGACGGACUUCUACAAGUUUUGCCGAACGCCCUGUCUGCAGAGUCUGACCACAGCGAAUGCCCAAACCAAAGACCAGGAAGGCGACCUCUGCAAAGCCAGUAAAGACGCAGAGCACGGCAAACAGCGAGCCCCGCCGGACCCCCAGUCCAACAUCUUUGUCCUGAGGAAGAUGGUGGAGGAGGUCUUCACUGUGCUCUACAGUGAGGCCCUGGGUAAAAGCAGCCUGGUCCCCGUGCCUUAUGAGUGGAUCCAGAAGGACCCCGGCUGUGUGGUGGCCCACGGUUUGCCCGAGGGCGUCGCCCUGAAGAAGCCCUCGGAGUACGACACCAAGACGCUGAUGAGGAUCCUGGAGCACAGCCACCGCGUCCACUUCACGGUGAAGAGGCAACCGGAGGAACUGUCCAGAGAAGCCAAGCCGAGCGCGGAAGUGAACAACAACCCCUCCGCCGCCGCCGCCGUCGUGACGCACAGCAGCCAUAGUGCAGCAAAGACGACCAGCCAGGGUGUCACCUCGCCAAACCCAGCCUCCUCCAGCAACUCGGUUCUGUCAAACUUCCUGUACGGCAUGCCCAUGUCCUCCAAACCGCACCCUGACAGCAAGCUGGACUUCAAACCAGCAACCCUCCUCAACCUGGGCAAGGACAGGCUAGCCGGCUGGACAGAAAAGGGCUCCUCUGGGAAGGAGGGUGCCAACACGGAUGAGCCAACAAGACUACCCGCGGAGCCGGGCCAGAGUCCUCCCGGUGUCCACAUCUCAAAGAGGCUGCUCUUCUCCAUCGUGCACGAAAAAUCAGAAAAAUGGGACUCGUUUAUCCGUGAAACGGAAGACAUCAACACUUUGAGAGAGUGCGUUCAGAUCCUGUUCAACAGCCGAUACGCGGAGGCGCUUGGUCUCGAUCACAUGGUGCCUGUCCCCUACCGCAAAAUCGCCUGCGAUCCGGGCGCCGUGGAGAUCAUCGGCAUCCCAGAUCAGAUCCCCUUCAAGAGGCCGUGCACGUACGGCGUGCCCAAGCUCAAACGCAUCCUGGACGAGCGCCACGGCAUCAGAUUCAUCAUCAAACGAAUGUUCGAUGAGAGGAUUUUCACGGCUGCAGGCAAGAUUGCCAAGGAGGAGGGCAAGCUUGACCCGGGCUCCACGCCUGAAGACGGCUUCUCCGACUGCCUGGGAAUCCCCCCCACCGCCGCCGAGCUGCUCAGCAACGCUCACAGCAGCAGAUCAACAAGCACCUGUGUGAGUCCGCAGGCUGACCCGGAAGCAGGUCCGUCAGGAGACGGCGUUCCCCUGAGGAGGAUCAAAACGGAGCCUCCGGACGGGGAAAUCAUCCAGGUCACCGUGCCCGAGGCCGGCACUAGUGGGGAGGAGCCAGCCGAGUCUCUGGCCGAGCCGCUCCCAGCCGCUCCGUGUCCGACCACGGCCUCGCCCGCCGCUCCCUCCGCAGCCCCUGCUCCCCCGGCUCCUCCUGCCCCCCUCCACCCAAAGGAAAGCCUCUCAGCUGAAGCUUUGUCCCCCAGCGGAGCUUCUCAGAGCGUCAGGAGAUCCACAGAAGCGUCCAGUCUGGUGGAGGACAUCGGUGAAAUGAUCCUUCAGCUCCGGAGACAAGUGGAGAGCCUCUUCAGCAUCAAGUACGCCGAAGCGCUGGGUCUCCCUGAACCCGCCAAGGUGCCGUACUCCAAGUUCCAGAUGUACCCGGAGGACCUGUACGUCACGGGGCUGCCGGAGGGCAUCUCCCUGCGCAGGCCCAACUGUUUCGGAGCCGCCAAGCUGCGCAAGAUCCUGGCUGUCAGCGCUCAGGUCCAGUUCGUCAUCAAGAGGCCGGAGCUUUUAGCAGAACAAGUUAAACAAGAGAUGCCUUCCAUGCCCGUCUGUGACGCAGAGCCAGAGCCUAAGGACGCGACACCGGUAGAGGACACAGCAGCUCUGUCCAAGAGACCUGGAUUCUCGGAGUGCAUGGAGUCCAAGCUGUCCCGCAUCGACCUGGCCAACACGCUGCGGGAGCAGGUCCAGGAUCUGUUCAACAGGAAGUACGGGGAGGCGUUGGGCAUCAAGUACCCCGUCCAAGUGCCUUACAAGAGGAUCAAGAACAACCCGGACUCGGUCAUCAUCGAGGGCCUCCCGCCCGGCAUCCCCUUCAGGAAGCCCUGCACCUUCGGCUCGCAGAACCUGGAGAGGAUCCUGGCGGUCGCCGACAAGAUCAGCUUCACCAUCACCAGACCAUUUCAAGGACUUAUUCCCAAACCAGCACCUCGUCGAGUCACUUUACUAAAGAAGGCCUACGCCUCGAUAAGCGACGAGGACGACAUCAACCGCAUGGGCGAGAAAGUGGUCCUCCGAGAGCAAGUCAAAGAGCUUUUCAACAAGAAAUACGGCGAGGCGCUGGGCUUGGACCGCUCCGUCGUCGUGCCCUACAAGCUGAUCCGCGGCAGUCCGGAGUCCGUGGAAGUCAGCGGGCUUCCAGACGACGUCCCCCUCCGAAACCCAAACACCUACGACAUCGUGUGCCUGGAGAAAAUCCUCCAAGCUGCGGAUCAAGUGACGUUCACCAUCAAGAGUCAGCUGCAGCCUUUUGCAGAAAUCUGCAGCCAGGCUUGUAAUACAGCGGGAACAGACGCCUCGACUAACCGACGGAAACGCAAGAGAGUCCAGGAGAGCAGCCGCAUACCCGCCUCCUCUGACCUGGGGAUAUCAGCCAAUCAGAUUCCAGUUAUGCAGUGGCCCAUGUACAUGGUGGACUACAGCGGCGUCAACGUCCAGGUUCCCGGGAAGGUCCAUUACUGAGGGACACGGCCGGACCGCAGCAAAGGGAUCCGCGGAGGAGUCCGUCUCUCCUCCUCACAGGACACUAAGACUCAGCCAGAGGAAGGAGGCGCGCCGAUCUCUGCAGGACGAUUUUUUUUAAUAAAAGCUGCAGGUUCGACUCCGAAUGAGAGGAACGGGGGAAUGUAUGUGCGUCAGAAAGCUUGGCUUGUUUUGCUUUCAAAACACGAGUUAUUUUACUUUUUUUUUUUUUUUUUUAAAGCUGGAAACGUCACUAACAUGU